UGUAGGGAUCUGGCUCCGUCGCGGUCCCGAGCGCAUGCGCGUCCCGGCCAGGGCCUGGCUGCGGGACCUAGAGCGACUCUCUAGAAUCCGGAGGACUGGGUCUCGGUGGUCACUACUCGGCGUCCAGGACUUCCGGCGCCGAAAGCGUGCAAGGCAAAUCCACCGAGUAGAUGACGCUAACGAGGAAUGAUGAGGAGCCUAAAGGAACCGGGGAGGGGGUGAAGGAGCGUGUGGAGCCUGUUGCCUAGGUAACAGUCCCCCCCCGUAUCUUCGCCCCUUAGGUUCGGAUGUGCACGCGAACAUGGUGGAGCCUUGCCUUCUCCCGUCUCCCGAGGCUGCUAGUACGCAUGCGUCAAAGCCUGUCGCGGGGCUGCGCGCGCACCCCUGAGCAGCGCGCAUCUCCCCUUGGGCGGCUCCCGCCGCGAGCUGGACAACUGGGAGCGCGCGUGCGCGCGUGCCCGCGAGCUAAAGGCGGGGCUUCCCCGUCGGUGACCGAGUGCAGGGUGGACACUCGUCUCUGGGUCGGCAAGACUCAGGAACCCCAAAUCUCCGAGGAGGCGUGGCGGCGAGGUGCCGGCCGGUCGGUCCUGCGUCGUAGCCCACAGAGGGGACACCGAGAGGCCCUCAGGGCGAUCUUCUCACCAGAGCCUCAUACAGACCAUGGCUGAGCCGCUGAAGGAGGAGGAUGGCGAAGAUGGCUCUGGGGAGCCCCCCGGGCGCGUGAAGGCAGAACCCGUCCACACCGCGGCCUCUGUCGUGGCCAAGAACCUGGCCUUGCUCAAAGCCCGCUCCUUCGACGUGACCUUUGACGUGGGGGACGAGUACGAGAUCAUCGAGACCAUAGGCAAUGGGGCCUACGGGGUGGUGUCCUCGGCGCGCCGCCGCCUCACGGGCCAGCAGGUGGCCAUCAAGAAGAUACCCAAUGCUUUUGAUGUGGUGACCAAUGCCAAAAGGACCCUCAGGGAACUGAAGAUCCUCAAACACUUCAAACAUGACAAUAUCAUCGCCAUCAAGGACAUCCUGAGGCCCACUGUGCCGUACGGGGAGUUCAAAUCUGUCUAUGUGGUACUGGACCUCAUGGAGAGCGACCUCCACCAGAUCAUUCACUCCUCCCAGCCGCUCACGCUGGAGCACGUGCGAUACUUCCUGUACCAGCUGCUCCGGGGCCUCAAGUACAUGCACUCCGCUCAGGUCAUCCACCGCGACCUUAAACCCUCGAACCUUUUGGUGAAUGAGAACUGUGAGCUCAAGAUUGGUGACUUCGGAAUGGCCCGCGGCCUGUGUACCUCCCCCGCGGAGCAUCAGUACUUCAUGACCGAGUAUGUGGCCACUCGCUGGUACCGCGCCCCCGAGCUCAUGCUUUCCCUGCACGAGUAUACACAGGCCAUCGACCUCUGGUCUGUGGGCUGCAUCUUUGGUGAGAUGCUGGCUCGGCGACAGCUCUUUCCGGGCAAAAAUUAUGUGCACCAGUUACAGCUGAUCAUGAUGGUGUUGGGAACCCCGUCCCCGGCUGUGAUUCAGGCCGUGGGGGCCGAGAGGGUGCGGGCCUAUAUCCAGAGCCUGCCGCCGCGGCAGGCUGUGCCCUGGGAGACGGUGUACCCGGGUGCCGACCGCCAGGCCCUGUCACUGCUGGGACGCAUGCUGCGCUUUGAACCCAGCGCCCGGAUCUCAGCGGCCGCCGCCCUUCGUCACCCCUUCCUGGCUAAGUACCAUGAUCCCGACGAUGAGCCUGACUGUGCCCCGCCUUUCGAUUUUGCUUUUGACCGAGAAGCCCUUACGAGGGAGCGCAUCAAGGAGGCCAUUGUGGCCGAGAUCGAGGACUUCCACGCACGGCGGGAGGGCAUCCGCCAACAGAUCCGCUUCCAGCCCUCUCUGCAGCCUGUGGCUAGUGAGCCCGCGUGUCCGGAUGUUGAGAUGCCCAGCCCCUGGGCCCCAAGUGGAGACUGUGCCAUGGAGUCACCCCCUCCAGCACCGCCACCGUGCUCUGGACCUGCACCCGACGCUGUUGACCUGACCCUGCAGCCUGCCCCGCCAGCCAGUGAGCUCGCUCCACCGAAAAGAGAGGGUGCCAUCUCCGACAACACCAAAGCAGCCCUCAAAGCUGCCCUGCUCAAGUCCCUGAGGAGCCGACUCCGAGAUGGCCCCAGUGCACCCUUGGAGGCGCCUGAACCUCGAAAGCCUGUGACAGCUCAGGAACGCCAGCGAGAGCGGGAAGAGAAGCGUAGGAGACGGCAAGAGAGAGCCAAGGAGCGGGAGAAGCGGCGACAAGAGCGGGAGCGCAAGGAGAGGGGGGCUGGUGCCUUGGGGGGCCCCUCUACUGACCCUCUGGCUGGACUGGUACUUAGUGACAAUGACCGCAGCCUGCUAGAGCGGUGGACUCGCAUGGCUCGGCCUCCUGCCCCAGCCCCCGCCCCCGCCCCCUCCUCUGCCCAACCCAGUAGUCCUCGUGCUGGCCUGCCUUUACAGGCUGCAGGCUCUGGUCCUGCCCCUCAGCCUGUUUGUCCACCCUCUGGCCCCGCUCCCCAGCCUGCUGGCCUUCCCGGAACCGUCCCUGCCCCUCUCCAGACUGCCCCUUCCACCAGCCUUCUGGCCUCCCAGUCACUUAGGCCACCUGGCGGGUUGCCUGCCUCCAGUGCCCCAGAAGUUCUGCCUUACUUUCCAUCUGGCCCACCACCUCCAGAUCCUGGGGGACCCCCUCAGCCCUGUCCAUCAGAGUCACCCGAUGUCAACCUGGUGACCCAGCAGCUGUCCAAGUCUCAGGUGGAGGACCCCCUGCCUCCCGUCUUCUCGGGCACUCCAAAGGGCAGUGGGGCUGGCUACGGUGUUGGCUUUGACCUGGAGGAGUUCUUAAACCAGUCUUUCGACAUGGGUGUGGCUGACGCGCCACAGGAUGGCCAGGCAGACUCGGCUUCGCUCUCGGCGUCCCUCCUUGCUGACUGGCUCGAGGGCCACGGCAUGAACCCUGCCGACAUCGAGUCUCUGCAGCGUGAGAUCCAGAUGGACUCCCCAAUGCUGCUGUCCGACCUGCCUGACCUCCAGGAGCCCUGAGACCCACAGCUUGUGCCUUGCUGCCAGCACAGCCCCAGCCCCAGAGUCCAGGGGUGCCAUCCAGAGGGUGCAGCCUUGGGACUGGCAGGCGAGGCUCAGCUUGAGUUACUCUGCAGCUUCAUCUCAGACCCACCUUUCAGCCUUAAGCAGCCACCUGAGCCACCACCGAGCCAUAACAGGAUGGGCAGACUACUCCCUCCUGAGCAAUCUUCUUCAGUAUUGUACUUUUAUUAUUGUUGUAAUAUGCAUUUGUUUUGCCUUCAAAAUGAGACCUGUAAAAUACAAGGUUUCCUUUAA